UUUCGUUUUCAACAGGAGGCAACAAUCUAGGCCCAUAUAGACACAACGAAAGGCCCGUUUCUUUGUCCAGUGCCUUAUAAAGGACGAGAAGGGCUGACCUAAUAUCCUUGGCUCCCUCCACAGAACCUGGCGGUGCAAGAGAAGUGCCUUCUAGCACGAAGCUCCGGGCAGAAAGGAACUCUCCAGGAAAGGUAAAGAGCAAGUUCUUUUCACCUGCGAUCUUUGGAGCUUCACUUUGUUUUCAGUUUUCCCACCUCCAGUCCUUUUAAUGCCAGCACGUUCCUUCUGCAGCAAAUUUCCCUAUGGAUGGAGACGAGGUCUUCGACCGGGCCUCGCUUGGAUCUACAUCGUCGGUGAACAAAAUAAUCCAUCCAUAUGUUCAGAUUGGUCCAGCCACUGUAAGGGCGCCAGCCAGAAUAAUGCUUAGUCUCCUGUUAGAGCGGCUUAACAUACCUGACGCCAUUUACCGUCGAAGGCCAUACUCACAUGACACAGUCAGUGUCACAGUGCUCUUCUACACCUCUCCACCGAUUAAUGGAGUCAGUCCACCACAGAUGACAAUUACCGGUGUUCGCUCUGCCAAUCAGGAAGUGGCAGAAGAUUCUGCGGCUGUGGCAGCCAUCAGGUACAUGGAAAACGCUACAAACACUAUCGUGAUCGAUCUAAACUAUGCAGGGUUCAAAAGGAUGCAGCAAGACAAUGGUUAUCUCAGACUCAGACUUAACGAGGCGUUUGAGGCGAUAGACAAGCUUUCUAAAGGCUGCUUAAUUGCUGUCAGAUACAUGUGUGCCUUCUCAGAUCAGCUUCACAAUGUUAUCGCGCAUGCCUUUCCACCUGCUCGUGCUGUGGACAAAACCACCAAUGAAACCCUUAUGAACAUUGAAGUGGUGGCGAAUAAUCUGAAGGACAGAAGCCACCAUUUAGAGAAAAAACUAUACAAGGUUAAAAGACAGGCUCAGGCACGAGAGCAUGAGAUAUUCGCACCGGUCAUUCGCCGGCGAUGAUCAGGUGGUGCCAAGAACAGCUUGCUUCGACGCUGAUGAUGUUGCCACUAUGUCUUAAUUAGCUUCUGUUAGAGGGUUUACCUUUUGCAAUAGUGCCUUAUGCCUCGUGAAAACUGUUUGAUGCCUAAGCCUUUUGUACAAAUACCUACCAUUGAAUGUUAUGUUGCAUCAAAAUGAUGCCCAGUUUGAAAAAUGUCAGUCCCUGUUAGCCUUGUAUGUGAUUUACUUGCUCAAAAUUCAUCUCACCAACGCUUUGUCUGCUUCUCCCGCCCUAUCUCACUCAAUUAUAUGCCCUGCUUCUUUUAAUCGGGUUGUGGUUUUACUUUGUGCCUGACUCCUGCUGUUUUUAGUCAAGAUAAAUACUCAACUCCUGCUGUUUUUAGUGAGGAUAGAUACAUGUACAACUAAGCAUGCUAAACUUAUGCGGCUGGCACUCGUGAUUGCUCACAUCGUUUGCACCGGGCACCGCGCGCCGGGGCGCGCUCCUGGUCUGCUACUACAAAAGAGAAGGCUGGUCAUGGGCAUGAGGUAGAAGGCGUCCACCAUUACAUUGGCCCUGGGUCGAGCGUUGAAGCCACAGGUGCAACACUAAUAGCACAUCUAGCCCCUUAAGUGUGUUUUAGUGUUGAUGACAUAUUAUUGGAGUGACUAACACUCGAACUAAGUGAUCCUCUGGUGUUUAGUCUCAUAUGAUGAAAAUUAUGGAGGUGAGAAACACCUCGAUUUAAAAAGGAAAAAGGGGCCGGCAUAUUGAAAAAAGCCAAAGAUCUUUGUUUUAUUUAAGUCACAGGAAAGUCACACUAUAAGAGAGGUUGAGGUCAUGUAUAAGUGUGGGGAUCAUGAACUAUAUUUUCCAUAUGAAACCCACACCCAAAAAACAUACACAAAAGCCUCUUCAUUAACCCCUCCAUAAAAAUCCUCUUGGCAUCUUUCUAGAGAUAUCCCGGAGCUUCGGGGUCCGUGGUGCUCCGAGAACCUAACCCCUGGACCUCUAGGGGUCCCCUUGGUUGUGGCUAGACACUUCGAGUCAUCAGGGUCCCUGGCCCUCAUGCCUUUAAGGUUCAUCCUGGUUUUGCCUUUGGAUAGGCCAGACAUCCUCGGUCUCGUGGGACAUCAACCACUAUCUAAGCCGAGGUUCGGGCUUGCUAUUUAUUACGGGUUAUGUUUAUUAUUUUCAUGAUUGGCGGUCUGUUUUCGUCCUUUCUAAAACACAUCACACAAGUAGAUUUUGGAGAGCAUGACAGUGUAGGUGCUUGAUGUGAAGGAAUCUGUCGAGGUUUGCACCCCUGCAAUGUCUUAUGGCAGUUCGAAUAUAUGAAAUUUCUGAGUACAUACGCGAAAUUUCAGAGAGCAUCACACAAGUAGAUUUCGGAGUACAUACACGAAAUUUCUGAGUAUCUAUGAGUGUUUGUGUUGCAUAUAAAUAAUAGUCGCUCUGUUCACAAAUAUAAGAUAUUUUAAAUUUCAAUAUAGACUAUAUACAGACUAAAAUAAAUAAACAAGCACAUUAAACUGUGUCUAUAUGCAAUCGAUUCAUAAAAAAGUUAGAACAUCUUAUAGUGAACGGAGGGAGUAGCUUUUUAUUUAUCCAUCCGAUGCAUCACAACCUCCACAAGUAAAGUCACUAAACAAACAGAUGGUGCAUACAAGGUACAGUCACAGUGCUCAUAAAGCUCAUAUCACUUUGCUUUUCACUUCUUAGAUCUUCUUCUCUCAAAGUCCCUUUCGUUGUGCACCCGAGCAGUAUAUACCCAGAAGUCUUUGUUCAGUGUUUCCGU